AUGCUUGGUUUAAUGAAUUCCAAUACAAGCUCAGCUGUUUGUGCUUGUCCAUCUUUAUCUCGAGUCAUAAAGCGGCACUCAGUUUUAAAUGCAGGAGAAAUAACAUAUUCAAAUGGAUUCAUUUCACAGCUGGACCAAUUCACAGCACUAGUGGAGCCUAUUGCAUCAACUGUGCCAUACAAGAUUGCACUGCCUGCGUUUGGUAGUCAGGAAAGUGACUGGCCAGAUUCAGGUGGCGAAUGUGGUGUGCCUGAAGAAACUAUGUUCGAUGUUCCAGAUGAAAUAGAUCCAAAACCAAGAAUAAUAGAGGAGAGAAAGGAAAUAUACAUAGAAAAUGAAGGGUACUCAACUGAUUAUGGAAUGCUUCACUUCUGUAUAGCAGACGGUGAGCAAGACAGGAGGAAGGGAUCGGAACAAUAUGCAUUCAUUGAGAAAUGCCUUGCAUCUGUAGAUAAACAAAAGCAGCCUCGGUUAAUUUUUGCAGCGCAUCUCGUCCCUGGAGUCCAUGGGAAGGGAAAGUUUUGCAGGGACUUUGGCAGAAAUACAAGGUGCACAUUUCAUCUUAUGGACACGCCCACAACUAUGAAAGGACAUGCCCUAUUUACAUGGCUUUUUCUUCUCUGUAAACUUGAUAGGAUGUUAUGCGGUAUUUUAGCCUACGAAUAUGGCGAAGAGGAGAAAACAAGCAAGAGAACGACAAGGGAGAUUCUUUCUGAAGACCUGGAAGUCAUUGCCAAAUAUUCUCCUUUCCUUCCCUCACAUUGA